AUGAGCUCUGCGUGCCCUGUCGAGAGAAGUGCCUGUGGAAGUGCUCACAUUACGAGUGCACGAAGCUGUGUUAUCAGCCUUGUGACCGUCCUAGAUGUGAUCAGCCAUGGAUUGUGUGGCGAGCCCUGUCCCCUGUGCCCGGUCUGUUACCAUGAUGUGGCAUGUGGUAUUUCCUUUGAGGACAUUGGCUCGGCGGUGGCGACUGGGGGUAGGGUCUACACUCUACCAGAAUGCGGUCACACCUUCUACUUGGACGGUCUUGAUCAAUAUAUGGAGUAUAAUCCUACUCGUGGAGAGCACCAGGCCAUUCAGUUGAGGGCAUGUCCGGUAUGCAGAGAGCCGAUAUUCACCGCUCCAAGAUACGGUAACAUCAUCAAAGCCCAGUUGGAGCUGGUGGCUAGGGUGAAGGAAAGGCUCAUCGUCGCCUCGAGGGAGUUGACUCUCCAAGACCGUCAAGAGAUCAACAGGGCGAUGCAGAGCGAACGAGGAGUGCUAGGGGCUGCUGCCGGGCACUGGAGUGUCGACAUCAUCGUUGGUCCGAAAGUGGGUUAA